GCGCUGCCCGAUCGGCAAAAAGGAGCCGCGCGCGAGCCGCAGCACAUCAAAUGAACCGAGCGCGAGCUUCCGGCGGGGCUGGUUUCCGCGCGCGCUCCUGCGGCACCUCCUUCGCGUGAUCACGGAGACACAAUUAACACAAUUAACACAAAUAACACAAUUAACUCAUCGGCGACGUCAUGGAGGAUAAGACGGUGAGCUCGAGGGACGAGCAGCGAGGAGACGCGGCGGGGAAUUCGGUGCAGAGGCGAGACUCGGGGAAGAAAAGCGGUGCAGCAGCAGGAGGAGGAGGAGGAGGUUCGAGUCCCGGUGCGGCCAAGGAGCACGGCAACUCGGUGAGCGCGCGCACAGACCGGGACCGGGAGGAGGCGGCGGUGGGGCUGUGCGACGACACCGAGGGCAGGCAGCAGUACGGCUUCAUGCAGCGGCAGAUCGGCGCGAUGCUGCAGCCCGGAGUGAACAAGUUCUCACUGAGGAUGUUCGGGAGCCAGAAAGCCGUGGAGAAGGAGCAGGAGCGCGUGCAGCACGCGGGCUACUGGAUCAUCCACCCGUACAGCGACUUCAGGUUCUACUGGGACUUGAUCAUGCUUAUCAUGAUGAUGGGGAACCUAAUCAUCAUUCCUGUAGGAAUAACGUUCUUCUCCGAGCAGACCACGACCACCUGGCUGGUGUUCAACGUGGCCUCGGACACCAUCUUCCUGGUGGACCUGGUCAUGAACUUUCGCACGGGAAUCGUGAACGAGGAGAGCUCGGAGAUCAUCCUGGACCCCAAGGUGAUUAAGAUGAACUACCUGAAGAGCUGGUUCGUGGUGGAUUUUCUCUCCUCCAUUCCCGUGGAUUAUAUCUUUCUGAUCGUGGAGAAGGGCUUCGACUCGGAGGUGUACAAGACGGCGCGGGCUCUGCGCAUCGUCCGCUUCACCAAGAUCCUCAGUCUGCUGCGUCUGCUCCGCCUCUCGCGCCUCAUCAGAUACAUCCACCAGUGGGAGGAGAUUUUCCACAUGACCUACGACCUGGCGAGCGCAGUGGUAAGAAUCUUUAACCUGAUUGGGAUGAUGCUCUUGCUGUGUCACUGGGAUGGAUGCCUCCAGUUCCUCGUCCCUCUGCUCCAAGACUUUCCUCCGGAUUGCUGGGUGUCACUAAACGGUAUGGUUAACGACUCCUGGGGGAAGCAGUACUCCUACGCUCUCUUCAAGGCCAUGAGUCACAUGCUGUGUAUCGGGUACGGAGCCCGGGCGCCGGUCAGCAUGUCCGAUCUGUGGAUCACGAUGCUCAGCAUGAUCGUGGGAGCCACGUGUUACGCCAUGUUCGUGGGUCACGCCACGGCGCUCAUCCAGUCGCUCGACUCCUCACGCCGGCAGUACCAGGAGAAGUAUAAACAAGUGGAGCAGUACAUGUCGUUCCACAAGCUCCCAGCCGACAUGCGCCAGAAGAUCCAUGACUACUACGAGCAUCGCUACCAGGGCAAGAUCUUUGACGAGGACAACAUCCUGAACGAACUCAAUGACCCCCUGAAAGAGGAGAUCGUUAACUUUAACUGCAGGAAACUGGUCGCCACCAUGCCUCUGUUCGCCAACGCCGAUCCCAACUUCGUCACCGGAAUGCUGAGCAAGUUGAAGUUUGAGGUCUUCCAACCUAACGACUACAUCAUACGCGAGGGCACCGUGGGAAAGAAGAUGUACUUCAUCCAGCACGGCGUCGUGAGCGUCAUCACCAAGCACAACAAAGAGAUGAAGCUGACGGACGGAUCGUACUUUGGAGAAAUCUGCCUCCUGACGAAAGGACGUCGGACGGCUAGCGUCCGCGCCGACACGUACUGCCGCCUCUUCUCUCUCUCCGUCGACCAUUUCAACGAAGUCUUGGAGGAAUACCCGAUGAUGCGCCGCGCCUUCGAGACCGUCGCCAUCGACCGCCUCGACCGCAUCGGGAAGAAGAACUCGCUCCUGCUCCAGAAGUUCCAGAAGGACCUGAAUGCCGGCGUGUUCAAUACUCAGGAGAACGAGCUUCUGAAGCAGAUUAUCCGACAGGACCGGGAGAUGGUAAUGAUGGUGGAGAGGAAGCAGUCGGUCACAGGUGCGAAUUCGACGCCCAUGUCCGGAAACUCCAUCAUUAACUCUCCGGCUCAGCCUCCGUUCGCAAACAGCCAGUUCCAGCAGCACCUGCAGUCCUCGCCCAUGACCCCUAUAGCCCCCAUGACCUACAGCACCUCGGCGUCCAUCAUCCCUGCGGCUCGCCUCGCUGGAAGCGUGGCCUUCUCAUCACCAGUCAACCCUGCCACGCCCCUACAGCAGCAGCCGACGCCCGGCGGCGUCAUGUCUCCCUGCUCAUUCACGGGAGGGCGGGCCUUCCAGUACGGCUCGCCCACGGCUUCACAGCUGUCGCUCAUUCCCCAGCUGUCGGCCGUAGCGAUGCAGCAGCAGCAACAGCAGCAGUCGUCGCAGCCGCAGCAGGCAUCCCCGCAGAGAAACGAGGUUCAUAGCAGUCUUAGCAGGGACGUGCGCCAUCUUUCGGCCUCUCAGCCCUCGCUGCCUCACGAGACCUCGCUAGCCAUCAGGCAACAUCAAUCCUCCAGAGAAUCCUUGGCAUCCAUCCAGCCCUCAGCGAGCCCCUCCCCACAAGCCCCCGGCUCUGCCCCACAGCAGGGCACCAUUCGCGCCACCGUCCCUCCGAGGGUGGCGCUCUUCCGACAAAUGUCAUCAGGCGCGCUACCACCAGUGCGAGCGGCGCCCUCUACAGUCCAGCACAGAGAUCCUAUGGGAUCCAGGAGAGAGUCGGCCGUCUUAAGCAGCGGCACCGAGACUGAACAAGACAAGAUGCGGUUUGCAUCGAAUUUAUGAUUUUUUUUUUUUUGACAUUCUUCUUCAUUUAUUUAUUUAUUGAUUUUUUUUUAACAAAAUGAUUUUGCGAAAAAAAAGAGAUGAGUAUUUUUGUUUCUUCCUCCAACCAACCUCGUAGAAAUCCUGUACAGACUCGCCCUUGUAUCAUAUUCUAUUUUAGAAACCUUUCCCCCUUCAACGUAAGAAUGUAUAUUAUACAAAUAUAUACGUGUAAAUCUAGAAUAUUUGGCACUGCCUAUACGAAAAAAGGCGGGAAAACAGUAGUAUAAAUGAAAGUCUUCCUUUCUGAUAUGUAUAUACGAUGGACAUGUCGGGAUUUCAAGGGUUUUUUCUUUUUAUCUUUUUUUCGUUUGUCUUUUUUGGUGUAACUGGAAUGAAAAAUGAAAGCUGGCAAGCUUCUUUUUUUUUUUUUUGAGGCGAUGUCCAAAUACAAGUCCAGUGUUUAGCAGCUUUUUUUGGCAUCACUGUGGAAAACCUACACGCAAAUCAACCAAUACUGGCGCUCAAAAAAAAGAAAUGGAAAAAAAAAAGAAAAAAGCGUUCUACGAUGUUCAACGGAUGGUAUAUUUGUCAGGAGGAUGGAGAUCACGGGGAGGAAAGCUUGUUUCUCCUCUGCAAUACAACAGUCCAGUAACUGAGGUGUAGUGUUAAGACCGAGGCAGUGUUACAGGAUCAAAGGGAAUUUAAAGUUGCUGAUUUUCUUUUUUUCUUUUUCUUUCUUUCUUGAUUCUAUUCUUUUUUCCUGUUUAGGGUACAGGUGGAUUCUAUUCUAGCCCUGGUUUCUGAGAAGGACACGAUAAAAUGUCUGACUGUGUAUAUUUAUAAUAUUUAUAAACUAAAGAUUAUCACCAUUAUGCAAUAGACUGUGAUAUAAAGUCUAAACUAUAUGUGUGUUGUAAAUAGUUUUGUAGAGCUAGUCCUUGCAGAAUAACGUGUGGUGCAUUCUCAAACAUGGCAAUGUCUUACCAGUCUGAAGCCUGGACAUCACACACACACACACACACAUACACACACACACACAUAUAUAAAUAUUUAUAGAUAUAUGCAUAUGUACAUAAUUGACACCAAUCACAAGUUCGCAUUAUCAUUAGACAUACGCAAACCUUAAUGCAAACCAUGGCGUGAUCGUUUAUUCGAGAUGGGAUUUGUAUAUCGCUGUAAAAGCCGGUGCGUGCUUUUAUAGUGAUCUUUUAUAGAGACCGGAGAACAUCAGCGUGGAGAGAUCAAUGAUGGGACAAAAAGCUUUUUGUAGUCUAAAAGCAAAGAUAUUUCAGGAUGUCGUUUCUAAAUGGACGCGGUAUUUAUAGAACGUCAAUAAACAUGAACGAUAAGAACCUUAUCAUUACUGUAAGCUGAACGGUGCAGGCUGUUUCCGUUUUUUUUUUUUUUAUCUUUAUCUGUCAGUAUUACACUUAAGCAAUUCACGUUACUUUGUAAAACGCUAUGCAGUUGCAUCAAUUUGUUGUUGCUUUUUUCUUCGUAAGCAAUUUACUUUCAAAGAUUCACGUCACAUUUUGCGCUACGAACGUACUGAACUGAACUGAACGAACUGACUGACCAAUCCCAAGCCCUGCCACUGAAUGCCCAGUUAAUCUUAACAUCCUGAGUAAGUUAGCGAUACUCCUAGUGUAUUAUUCCUGUUCUUCUCCAUCAUACUUAAAUUCGUUUAUAGCUGGAGUUCACGUUCCGGUUCUCGAUGGCGUUACAGCAGCAAUAAACAAGUCGUUAAUUCACCAGAGUUUUAUUUCGUCCCCCAUCUUGAAGAUAACAAAAUGCAGGUUUAUGAUGAAACCACAGAAAAAAAGCAUAAAUGUCUCAGAAAGUGGUUACACUGUUACAAAGCACCGACA